AUGUCUCGUUUGGUAGAGAUCGCCACUCUAUCAAUCAUUCUAAGUAGCUCGGCUGCUGCCUCAAUUGUCCUUACCUUUUUCCCUUGCUACGCAACACUUUGUUCCGAGGAAUACUUCCCUUUUGAAACACGAGUGCAUCUCAUCACAUACUAUGGAUUCCUCGUACUGACUGCCUUCUUCUUUGUUCUUCGCCAGUAUAACCAAACUGUCCGAUCCCUCAGUGGCUUCCACCUCUUCCAUCAACUGCCGCUAUUAGGCAAGCGAAUCACUCUUGGCGGUCUCUUGUUUUUUGUCUGGAUCUUGGCUGUUGUGGGCGCCCCGACUGCUCUCUGGCUGCCGGCCCAUGAUGAGUUCUGGGGUCUAAGGGCAGACCCUCUGAACUGGUCGUCAGCCAAGCUGCUUCUGACAAUCACAGGCGUGACCGGUCACUACGCCGAUAUUCUACUCGGCCUUUUGAUUAUACCAGUGUCCAGAAACAGCCUCGUUGGCCACGCCUUUUCCCUUCAUCAGAGUUCUUUGCUCUUUGCCCACAAGAUGAUCUCGUACCUCUUCGCAAUCGGCGCGACAGCACACGGAGUCUCAUAUAUUGUGUACGCCGCAGACGGCAGCAGUGAGGGAGACAAGGCGAAAGAAGAGGCUUUUGCUACUGGCAACCCGGCCAUGACGCUCACAGAGAGCAAGCAACGCAGUAGGUGGUUUACUAUGACCACCUACACUGGGAUUGGGGCGCUUCUUCCAAUAUUCCUGAUUGUCCUGACCUCCAUCCCCUGGAUCCGCAGACGCCACUACAACCUCUUCUACUACAGCCACGUCUUCCUCGGCACUGCCAUUUUUGCGGGAUCCUGCAUACACGCAAGCACCGACUUGUAUCUUCUCAUUCCAGGCCUUUUAUUGUGGUUCAUCGACUUGGCCCGACGGUUUUUCUUUGGCGAAACCAAUGGGCUUUCCAGGACGGUCCUCGCCACUCUCGAAAACGCAGACAACGAUUGGGUCAGGAUCUCUCUCCCAGCAUCCAAAACGACAGAACUGUCAACGGAAAAACGAGUUUCCUCUACCCAGCCGCUCUGCUAUUACUAUCUCAACUUCCCCAGCGUUAGCAAACUCCAAAACCACGCUUUUACCGCUGCUAUACCAAGCUCAUCCGUAAGCGGUCCAGUUUUCCUCCUACAACGCACCAAGGGCAAGAAGCAGAAAACACUGGACAAGGAAUGGACGUGGGUCCUGGCCUCUAUGGUCCCAAGCCCCUUGAGUAGCCUGCGCCUGGACGUCCGGCUAGAAGGACCGUACCCUGUCAACGAUUCGGGUUUCAGCUCUGCUUCUCACCUCAUAUGCAUCAUAGGGGGAACUGGAAUAACCGGCGCCUGCAGUCUCGCCCGGUGGUGGUUAGAAGCGCGACAUGAUGCCUCCAAAUUCACCCUUCUUUGGACAGUGCGACAUCAGGAGAUGGCGAUGGUCCGGGAAUGGAGAGAGCUACAAGAUAUGUCACAGACUCUACCGAACAUGACUGUGACUGCACACAUCAGCUCCGAACAGGGAAGAUUGAAUGCAUUUCAGUCGCUCCAGCAAGCUCUUCAGCCCAUGGAUCAACUGCCUGAAGGGACAGCGUGGGUUUACAGCUCUGGACCAGACGCACUGCUCCGUUCCACUGAGCAUGCGUGUAUCGAGGUAAAGAAGGAUAUCCGUGCGAGCAAACGAGGCCGGGGCACAAUCAAUUGGGCAGUCCAGGAUAUUGCAUGGUACAUGGCUAGGUGGGAAGUCUAA